AUUGGAUAUUAAUUAAAAGUUCAAAAUACAUCGUGGAACGAGGUGCGGCAAGCGGACAGAUUUAAGUCAUCGCAAGUAAACCAUACCUUAUCCUGUAACAUGCAUAGCCUUUAAAUAAUUAAAAGACUCACACUGCAGAAAAUUUAUUGCAGAAUUAACUAAAGGACAUUGGGGAUAUAUGAUAUAUAUAGAUUCUACAAUACAAUAUAAUAUAAUUACAGGUUGUUUGUAGUUGGGAAGGCAAUGAAGAAAUAUUCUUGCACUCUGCGACUGCUCCUUGUUGUGGUGGGUGUUGUUUUAUGUCAUCAUAUAAAUGUUGUUUCAGCAGCUGGCAAUGAUAAGGAUGAAGAUGAUCUCUCAAGAGUCGAGUUCCUUCCCGGCUUUAAUGGCCGCCUUCCUUUUGAACUCUUCACCGGGUAUAUCGGGGUGUCUGAAAAUGAGGAAGUGCAGCUGUUUUACUACUUUAUUAAAUCAGAAUCAAACUCAAAGGAAGAUCCUCUGAUUCUCUGGCUCAGUGGGGGUCCUGGCUGUUCCUCUCUCACUGCAUUCAUGUAUGAACUUGGACCGUUAGAGUUCAAGGUGGAAGAGUACAACGGAAGUCUACCCACGUUGCUUCUUGCUCCACAUUCCAUGUCCAAGGUGGCAAACGUUCUAUUUUUGGAUCAACCAGCGAAUACAGGAUUUUCAUAUGCCACAACUCCAAAUGCCGCCCGUUUUACUGAUUUGGAAGCGUGCAACCAUGUCUAUGACUUUUUGCAAAAGUGGUUUACGAAACAUCCAGAUUUCAAAUCAAAUCCAUUUUAUGUUGCCGGGGAUUCUUAUGCGGGGAUCGUUGUUCCAAUUAUAAGUGUGCUUAUAUCUGAUGGAAAUGAAGUUGCCAACAAGUCGGUGGUGAUCAAUCUUAAGGGGUACAUACUAGGAAACCCCGUAACAUUUCCUGCCCAGAAAAAUUAUUCAAUUCCAUUUGCUCAUAGAAUGGGUCUCGUCUCCAGUGAACUUUACAAGUCGAUUGCAGAGAACUGUAAAGAAGAAUUUGAAUUUGAAGAGAUGGAUGGCAUGAAAAAUGAUUUGUGUUCUCAAGAACUCAAGGUGUUCAAGCAGAUGAUAAGUGGAAUCAAUCCGGAGCACGUUCUCGAACCCGUAUGCGAAUCACAGUUCAUAUUGCUAAAUUCCGGCGGUGUCAAAUUUUUCAAUAAAGGAACCACGAGAUCACUGCGUGAGAAAAAACUAAAUAUGCAAUGGUGUCGUGGAUCCAUCGAACAAUGGUUGAGAUGUAGAUCGAUUAUUUUCCCGAGCGCCUAUACGGUCACAACAAGAGAUAGCAGACAAUAUCAUGCAAAUCUUAGUCGUAGAGGUUAUGCUUCAUUAAUAUUCAGAUAAAUGAGUGAACCAGUCGAGAAGGUAGCAAUAAGCGUAUUGCGUAAAGAUAAAGGAAUAAUACAAGAGCAAGUCAAAGGAGGUGGUUGCCUGGUUGCACGUGGAGGACAAAUAGGGGAUCAUUGCUAAACUUGGGGAAGGAGUAAAAUGCAUGUGAUAAAUAGGUUAUUCCAGCAUUCUU